AUGACUGAUGUCAAAGAGAAAAAUGAGAGCCAGAAAAUUGCAGAGUGGAUGACAAACCUACUGAAGGAGAAAGAGAUUGUGAAUGCAAAUAAGCUGCCAGAUGGUGCUUUGUCUCAGAAGGGGGGAAAAGAUUGCGCCAGGAGACCAGAUCCUCAUCAAGGCCAUCAAACGAAAGACGUGGUUGAGGCCGCGGCCGACUGGGACAUCUACAGCUUUCACAUCAACUCCACAGUGACCAGUCGUUACGCUACAACAGUCAUCACAAGCCGCGUAGCCAAUCGAAUGAACGAAUCCAAGGAAGUAGAAUUCCAAUCCAAUGUCCAAAAGGCCAUUGCAGGCAAAUUUCCUCUCUACUGUCUUGGUUUUCGCGUCAAUUUUGAAUUCCUUGAGAAGAUGUCAUUGCAGAACAACGGUGUAGCACGACGGAUCUAUGAGGACUCUGAUGCUGACUUACAGCUGGAGGGUUUCUAUGAAGAGGUGGCCACUCCUCUGUUGACCAAUGUAACCAUGAUGUACACAGGAGGCAUCAAUCUGACCCAGACUCACUUCACACAGUAUUAUAAUGGCUCUGAGAUUGUGGUGGCUGGUCAGAUCACUGACAAUGACAUCGAGACCUUCACUCCAGAAGUUAUAGCCAUUUCAGGAACAGGCAGUGUGAGGUUUUCUGACACUAAUCCCACUGUGGAAUCGGCUGACACAGUGUCUGAUCUUCAGAGGGUUUUUUGGGCUUACCUCACAGUCAAACAACUUCUGGACAAGGCAUGA